AUGUCUUCAAAAGACAAGAGUAAAAGGUACAACUCAAAGAAGCAACAAUUCAAAAGCAAGCUGAAAAAGAGUCUGAUGGCUACAUUUGAGGAGCUAUCAUCUGAAGAGGAAGUUGAAGAGGAUGAAGAGGCAAACCUAGCACUUAUGGCCUCAACAGACUCAGAUGUAGACUCAGAUGAUGAGCCAGAGUCAGAUUCAGAAGUUACAGAUGAGAACAUGGAAUUUGUUGGGAACGAGAUGGAAUUUCAAGAGUCUCUGUUCACUCUUUUGCCUGAGAAGAUGGUCGACUUCAAUAGCUUGAAAGUUAAUGGAUUUGAUGUAGAACCGUACUUUGUUUCUCAAGGUUGGAACAGAUACUUCGAGAUGUUGAACGGUCCAAUCUACCCAGAUCUCCUUAAGCAUUUCUGGAUGAAAGCUAAGGUCUUCUCAAAGUACGAAGCAAAGCAAGAAGAACUUCUAGCUAUUGAAAGGAAUCCAAGUCUGAAAGGAAAAUCUAGGAAGGAGAUGGGUCUUCAUGAGUUUACUGGUACUCAGAUUAGGUCUAAUGUUUGCGGCAUAAAUCUCACUUUCUCAAAGGUUCACUUCAACGCUCUACUUGGGUUAACAAACUCUGGUAUGAUUUUGGACAAUUUUGAAAAGGAGACAAGAUUCAGAGAAGAUCUUCUGCACAAGAUGUUUACAGAUUUGAAGCUGAAGGGUAAAGUCAAGGGAAUGAGUGAUGAGUGCAGGGUUUUGUUUAAGAUUAUCAUAUCAUCUAUCUGUCCAAGAUUAGGUGGUACUGAUACAAUCUCUUGGCCUCAUCGUCAUCUGAUCUAUUUUCUUCUGACUCAAAGAAAGGUUAAUCUGGGAGAUUACCUCUUUGAAAGGGUAUGUGAAGCUAUUUUCUUCAGCAAGUCUCAGAGGAGAACAACCAUUGUUCAUCCUAGAUUGUUGUCUGACCUACUUUUUCAAGGGAGAAUAGUAAAGCAGCUUAAGAAGUUUCAUCCAGAACUUGUUGAGAAUCAGAUUACACCAGAAGUUCUCUCUGCUAACUUCUUAACCAAAAUGCAUCUCAUCAACACUAAAGUGGUUCAACCUACACAAGACUUUCAAGUUCGCAAAGGUGAUCCAUUUUAUGUGGAUGGGUAUCCAAUAGUCUCUGAAUUGGAUUGCGAAGAAGUUAUUCAGAACUAUUUGAAAGCUCUUAAGGGAGAAGGUUAUGUGGUUUCUAGGGAUAUGGUACCAAAGGAGCCAACUUUCAGCAUGUACAACCCUAGAAAAAGGAAGUCCAAUAGAAAGGCUGAAACUCAUGAGGAACAAGUUCAGCCAGAUCUUCUGGCUCAGAAGAAGAUCAAGUUAGAACAAGCUGUUGCUGAACAAAGGACAAAGAAGAAGCAUGAAGCACCUGCUGAAAAGGUUGCUGAGGAAUCCUCUAGAGCUCCUAAGAGGAAACUCAAGCUGGAUGAUGAUGAAGCUGAUUCAGAAGAGACACACUCUGAUGAGGAAACUCUUGCUGAUAGGCUUAGGAAGAAACAAGUUCCUGUAUCUAAAGGUAAGACUCCUAAGAUCUCUUUUAAUGAAGCUGAAAUUGGAUUAGGUUUCACAAAACCUCUUAGAUCCAUUCACCCUCACCCCAUUAAUAUUUCAGACUCAGAGGAACAAAGUUGUUCAACUGAUGAGCUGAUCAAAGAAGGUAAGUGUUGGGUUUUUAAUUUCAGUAAGAAAAAUCUUUCAAAACUUACCUCCUCUGAUAAGUCUCAGCGGAAGGACAAGCAAGUUCUCUCUGAAGAUCCAAUCACUGAACUAGAGAAACAUCUGAGCCCUGAUACUCUGAACAAUCAUCCAUUCUCUCACGAAACUACCAAACCCAAAUCAUCUACCAAACCAAAAUCACCACAAACUCAACCACAACAAGAAACAUCUACCAAACAAACAUCUGAUCCACAACCAGAAAAAUCUCCUGAACCUAUACACUCUCCCACCAAACAACCUAAGCAAACCUCUCCUAUCAAAUCUCCUGAACCAACUACUGAACUCACAACCUCUGAACAAAAUUCUGAACCUAACCCAACCCCAAGUGCUGAACAUGUAUCUCCUGAACGUGUUCACACUUGUGCUCCUUGUCCCUUAGAAGUAGAUGUUGUUCAUAAUACCAACUCUGUUCCUGAAUCACCUAAGCCAUAA